AUGAACUACAGCGGUGCAAACGGCUUUGAAUUCGGGGCGGGCAAUACCAACAUUGACCCAGCUGUGUUAAGGGAGGGAUGCAAGGUCACAUCCAUUGAGAACCAUGGCGUAAGCUUCUGGGCGAAGACGGGCCGCAUCGAUGUUUUGCUCAAUGAUGGUACACCGAAGUCCUUCUUCAUUAAGGCCAUUUCAAAAGAAUUGGGCAUGAAUAUGACAAGGGGGGAAUUCCAUUCCAUGAGCGCGAUACAUAACGUUCUGCCAGAAAUUGUCCCAAGGCCCAUCGCUUGCGGCACGUACCAGACAAUAACAGACACCCACUUCUUCCUCUGCGAGUUUCGAGAAAUGACUGAGGAUAUGCCUGACCCUCACAAGUUUGCUGCUCUUCUGUCAACGUUGCACCAGAAAAGCGUAUCGCCUACUGGCAAGUUCGGAUUCCACAUUACCACCUACGCAGGAAACCUACCCCAGUUCGUGACAUGGGAAGAUAGGUGGGAGACAUUCUUCGCCAAGUCCAUGAGACAGGCACUUGAUCUGGAGAUUGAAAGGAAAGGGCCUAGUGAGGAGCUCGAGACUCUCUCACGAGCUCUGUUCGAAAAGGUCAUCCCGAGGCUCCUGAGGCCUCUCGAGAGUGACGGCCGAACAGUGAAACCUUCACUGGUUCAUGGAGACCUUUGGUACGCAAAUGCAGGGAUUGAUGUAGACAAUGACCAGCCUCUUGUCUUCGAUGCGUGCUGCUUCUUUGCACACAACGAAUAUGAGUUUGGCCAGUGGCGACCAGCUUGCAAUAGGUUUGGGGAUGAGUACGUAGCUGCCUACAACACAUUCGCCCAGAUUUCGCCGCCUGAAGAGGAUUUUGAAGGUCGUUUAGACCUCUAUAGACUGUGA